AUGGACUCUGCAAAAAAUCUUCUGUACCUUGUCAUAACCCAAAAUCAUGCAUAUAGUAAUUUGCUGCUAAACUGUUUGAUUAUAUUCCUUUUCAUAUUCUCUUUUUGCUCUUGUUCUUCUGAUACCAUUUCUAUUCACAAACCCCUAAGAGAUGAUGCUCAACCUCUCAUUUCUAAAUCUAAAACUUUUGCUCUUGGAUUCUUCACUCCUGGAAAGUCCACCUCUCGCUAUGUUGGAAUUUGGUACUACAAUUUGCCAAACCCAACUGUUGUUUGGGUUGCAAACAGAGAUACUCCCAUCAAUGAUACUUCUGGAAUUCUAUCAAUCGAUCCGAGUGGAAAUCUAGUACUCCACCACAACCUCAGCACCAUUCCCAUUUGGUCUACCAAUGUUUCAUUAACACAAUCACAGAGAAAUAGCACCAAAGUUAUAGCUCAACUAUCAGAUAUAGCAAACUUUGUUCUGAUGCUAGACAACACCACCAUCUGGGAAAGCUUUGAUCAUCCAACAGACACCAUGCUUUCAUAUCAAAGGGUUGGUUUUGAUAGAAAAUCUAAUCAAAGCUGGUUCCUUCAAUCAUGGAAGACAGACGAUGACCCUGGAAAAGGUGCAUAUACUUUAAAAUUCAGCACCGAUGGUAAACCUCAGUUGUUUAUAUACAAUGGGAACAAUCCUUGGUGGCGCGGUGGCCCUUGGAAUGGAGAACUAUUAACAGGUGUACCAAAUCUGAAAGGAGAUAUGGCCAUUUUUAACGUUACUUUGGUUGAAGAUAACAACUAUUUAGCACUCACAUAUCACAUGCUUGACGAGUCUGUUAUUACUAGGAUAGUGCUUGAGAAAUCUGGUUUCCUUCAAUCAUUCACGUGGAACAGUCAAAAGAGUCAAUGGAGCCGGUACUUGUAUGAACCAACAAACCAAUGUGAUAACUACAAAACAUGUGGAUCAAAUAGUAAUUGCAACCCUUUGAACUAUGUCAAGUUUAAGUGUUCUUGCUUGCCAGGCUUUGAGCCCAAAUUUCCAAGUGAUUGGUAUGGCACUAGAGACGGGUCAGGAGGCUGUGUGAGGAAGAAAGGUGUAUCUGUUUGUGGGAAUGGAGAAGGGUUUGUCAAAGUUGUAAGCUUGAAGGUUCCUGAUACAUCUGUGGCAGUUGCUAAAGGUGGUUUAAGUUUGGAAGAAUGUGAGAAAGAAUGCUUGAGAAACUGCUCAUGUACUGCCUAUGCAGCCGUUGAUGUGAGAAAUGGUGGAAGUGGGUGUUUGGCAUGGUAUGGGGAUUUAAUGGACAUUCAGACACUCAGUGAUGAAGGCCAAGAUUUGUUUUUACGCGUAGAUAAAGUUGAACUAGCAAAUUACUACACAAAACGCAAAGGAGCCCUUGAUAAAAAGAGGUUGGCUGCAAUUCUGGUAGCUUCUAUUGUUGCAAUUGUUCUCCUCCUCUCCUAUGUGUAUUGCAGGCGGAAGAAAAAAAGAAAGGAUAAAAUGAUGCGGCAUUUAAGCCAAGAAUCCUCUGGAGAAGAGAAUGGUGCUCCAGAUCCAAAUCUACCCUUUUUCAACUUUAAGACAAUAAUGACAGCUACAAGAAAUUGUGGUCAUGAGAAUAAGCUUGGACAAGGUGGAUUUGGCUCAGUCUAUAAGGGUUGCUUGGUUAAUGGACAAGAGAUAGCAGUGAAAAGAUUAUCCAAAGAUUCAGGUCAAGGCAAAGAAGAGUUUAAAAAUGAAGUUACACUUCUAGUUAAACUUCAACACAGGAAUCUAGUGAGAUUGCUUGGUUGUUGCUAUGAAAAAGAAGAAAGGAUGCUAGUUUAUGAAUACCUACCAAACAAAAGCCUAGACUUUUUUAUAUUCGAUCUAAACCAAAGGUCGUCAUUGGAUUGGGGUAAGCGUUUUGAAAUUAUUUGUGGGAUUGCUCGAGGUGUUUUAUAUCUUCAUCAAGAUUCUAGGCUGAAAAUAAUUCAUAGAGAUCUUAAGGCUAGCAACGUUCUCCUUGAUGCUGCAAUGAAUCCCAAAAUAUCAGAUUUUGGUAUGGCUAGAAUAUUUGCAGAAGAUGAAAUCCAAGCAAGAACAAAAAGAUUGGUUGGAACAUAUGGAUAUAUGGCACCAGAAUAUGCAAUGGAAGGACGAUAUUCAACAAAAUCUGAUGUCUUCAGUUAUGGGGUCUUACUACUAGAAAUUAUUGCUGGACAAAGAAACACACAUUAUGAAAAAGAAAGAGCAUCCAUAAAUUUAAUUGGACAUGUGUGGACACUGUGGACGGAAGGAAAAGCCUUGGAUACAGUUGAUCCAACACUAAACCAAUCUUAUCCUCCUGAUAUAGUUCUGAAAUGCAUUCAAAUUGGACUCUUGUGUGUGCAAGAAAAAGCCAUGAAUAGACCAUCAAUGUUAGAAGUUGUUUUCAUGCUAUCCAAUGAAACACCUCUUUGCCAACCUCAAAAACCAGCAUUCUUAUUCGAUGGCAGCAAAGACUGGCAAGAGUCAUCAACUUCAGGAGGAGGGUCUUCAAUAAAUGAAGUAACAGAAACUACUAUCAGUGCUCGCUAA